AUGAUCACUGCCAAUGGCGGAGAUCCUACCGAGAAAUGGCAACAAAAGCAGCUCAGCUAUGCUAACGUCUCGAGGCAGUCAAGCUCGCCGCACCAUCAUGCGCGCGCUGCCAAUCUGCAGCAACGAGGACUGAGCUCUUCGGCUGUGGCCAUUCACGAUCCAUCGCGGCUCAACAGACCGGCAUCUGCCGCGUCGACUACUGGUCCUGCACCAAGCACAACCUCUGGCGGCUUUGCUGCAGACGAAGGCGUGCGGGAGAAGGAUUCAUCCAAAGCGCCAAUUAAUGCAGUCAGCGCUAUCGUCGGCAAAGAAGCCGGAGCGCCCGCUCAGACAUGGACGACCCUUGAUCUUGGCGGUAUGGCGCUCAAGAACAUGUCAGACGGGAUAUUCCGGUAUACCUUCCUCACGACGCUUUACAUUUCCCACAAUGCCUUGACGGUCUUGCCCAGCUCCAUCUCACAGCUCAACUCCCUAACAUUGCUGGACGUCUCGUCCAACAAGCUCUCCUCCUUGCCGCCAGAGCUAGGUCUAUUGACUAGGCUGAAAGAACUACUCGCCUUUGACAAUCACCUGUCGAGCUUACCGCCAGAGCUAGGUACGCUCUAUCAGCUCGAUCUCAUCGGUCUAGAGGGCAAUCCGCUCAACGAGACUCAUCGGUCGCUGUUGGACGAAAAGGGCACAAAGUCGCUGAUCGAUUACUUGCGGGACUCUUGCCCGAUCGCUCUACCCCCGCCAGAUCGUGACUGGAUAACGCUCGACACGCAAGAUCUGGGCUCGCUAGAGAACGAAGAUGCGCCCGCGCCAGAGUCAUUCUCUUUGCUAUGCUACAACAUACUCUACGACAAGUAUGCGACCGCGCACAUGUACGGCUACACGCCAAGCUGGGCGCUAGCGUGGGAUUACCGGAAGGACCUAAUUUUGCAAGAAGCUAUGUCCUAUGAGUCGGAGAUACUCUGUCUACAGGAAGUCGAUCAGGAGCAAUUUGAGGACUUCUUCCUGCAUCAUCUAUCUCAGCAAGAUUACGAAGGCGUCUUUUUUCCAAAGUCGCGAGCGCGGACAAUGUCGAGCGAUGAAAAGCGGCAUGUCGACGGCUGUGCGACGUUUUACAAAUCCACGACCUUCUCGCUCGUUGAGCAGCAGCUCAUCGAGUUCAACCAGAUCGCGAUGAGGCGGCCUGACUUCAAGAAGACGGAAGACAUGUUCAACCGCGUUAUGACAAAGGAUAACAUUGCCGUCGUCACCUUGCUAGAACAUCGACAAUCGGGCGCAAGGCUUAUCGUGGCCAACGCGCAUAUCUACUGGGAUCCCGAAUUCAAGGAUGUCAAGCUUGUGCAAGUCGCCAUGCUGAUGGAAGAGCUAGAGAAGAUCGGGCAAUCCUUCAGCAAGCUACCACCGAAGCGCGAUCUCGGUGAAGGCUACACUACUGCGCCUAGCUACUCAGAUGGCACAAAGAUUCCGACCAUCGUUUGCGGCGAUUUCAAUUCCGAGCCAUCCUCUGGCGUGUAUCAUUUCCUAGCGAACGGCGCAGUGGGUAGAGACCAUCCCGACUUCAAGUCUCACAUCUAUGGCAAUUAUACAUCUGAUGGACUUGCCCAUCGAUUCAACCUCCGUUCUGCCUACUCUCAUGGUGAUGAGCUUCUGCCGUUUACCAACUACACACCAGGCUUCAAGGGAGUCAUCGAUUACAUAUGGUAUACCGCCAGCACGCUCAGCGUGACAGGCCUGCUCGGUCCCGUGGAUAGCAAGUACCUCGAAAAGGUCGUCGGCUUCCCGAGCUCUGCUUUUGCUUCAGAUCAUCUGUCUCUUUUGUCCGAGUUCAAGAUCAAACCAGUUGUAGCACCAGUGCGCAAAUCCAUAGCGAGAUGGUAG